AUGGCUGACAAGAUGGAUCGCGGUCUUGAUGAGAUCAUCGCUGAUACUCGCGCCAAUCGACCUCGCAACUCCCGUGGCCAAGGUCGCCGGCGUGAACCCCGUAAUGACUACCCUCGCGAUGGUGUUAGAAAGUCCGCUCGCGACGAUUCACGAAACCUUGAUAGCGAAUGGGUCCAUGACCGAUUCGAAGAGAACAACAAUCGUCGAGCUCCUGCUCCUCGUCGCCGCCGCGAAUCCCCCGACCAGGAGUCCAAGGGCGCCAAGCUCAGAGUUGACAACAUUCACUAUGACCUCACUGAGGAAGACCUGGAUGAGCUAUUUCGAAGAAUUGGCCCAGUUGUUCGCCUUCAGCUACGGUAUGAUCGUGCUGGGCGAUCCGAAGGGACUGCUUAUGUGACGUACGAACUGAAGGAGGACGCUCAGGAAGCGGUCAAACAGUUUGACGGUGCCAAUGCCAAUGGCCAACCAAUUCGAUUGACUCUGCUACCCUCGCGAAACCCAUUUGAUACCGCCGUUAUGCCCGGCCGUCCACUGGCAGAGCGAAUCUCGAGUCCGGGGGAACGAAGAUCCCAUUCCCCCCAUCGCCGGUAUGAUGAUGAUGAUGCUGCCCGCAGAGGAAUCGACAGAUAUGUCCCCGGUCAGGGUCCUCGCCGCAGCCCAAUGCCUCGACAGGGUGGUCGGGGCCGCGGUCAAGGUGGCCGUCGCCCUGGAGCUCGACGCGAUGGCAGAGAUGGAGGCAGAGAUCAGGAGGGCGGACGAGGCGGACGAGGCAACCCUCGCGGAAAGAAGACACAGGAGGAGCUGGAUGCAGAGAUGGCGGACUACUUUGGCGGCGGUGACAACGCGCAGGCCGCAGAACCUGCUGACCAGCAAAUUGCACCCACUGCUCAAACACAGGCACCUACGCAGACUCAGGCUCAGGCUGCGACCGACGAUAUCGACAUGAUCGAGUAG